AUGACCACCUCAACUCCCCCAUCCAAAGUCUGGGACCACCAAGUAGACGAACGUGUUAACCACAUCGUCGAAAAGCUUGAUGAGAACCCCGAAUUCGCUCAAAAGAGCGUCCCUGGUCUCAAGGAACUGUUAACCGACUUUGCGGCCCCUGAUGUUCUUGUCUCAGGCGAAGAUUUUCAUCGUCGGCUUCUCCAAGUAUUCAAGAACUCAGAGACUGAUGGCACUUAUUCGCAGACGCUGAGCAAGUACACGCCUGAGGAGCAAGACCAUAUUAAGAAAUUUGUCGCUGGAGCUAGUCCUGAAGCCCUCGGGAAGGACUUUGCCAUCGGACCAAGUCUUGGCUGCCGUAAAGAGCUCGAGAAACUCCAGCAUGCGGAUUCUAUUGCUCAAAUUACGCCUCAUGGAGGCGUAGAGCGUAUUACCCCUCCAACUCCCUCUUGCACGCCUCCGGAUGACUCUGCAAGCUUUGGUGUUGCCAAGGUCACCAAAGAGGUUGAUGGUUGGUUUCACAAAGCUGUUAGCCAGCUGGCAGAUUUCUUCGAUACUAAGGAAGAUAACCAGAAGAUCACUGUUUACAAGAAUGCCCCAUUCCAGAAUUGGGGACCCAAUAUCACCAACACUCCCCAUCUUACCUACGUCCCUAAAACAAGCGAAGACGUUCAAACAAUCGUCAAACUUGCCAUAGCUCAAAAUCUAAGUGUUCGGUGCUCAGGAUAUCGCCAUUCGUGGUCGCCCAUUUUCGGUAAGGAUGGCCAAGUCCUCAUCUCAAUGCUUGACAUCGAGACAGUCACUACCCUUCCUAAUUAUGCAGCAUUACCACUUGCAGAGACAGCGCCCAAUGAUUUGCAGGUAAUUCAUGAAGCAAAAACAGGGAACCCUCGAAUCUACGUUGCGAAAAAGACCGUGACCGUCCCUCUCAACAUCAUCAUAGUUAAGAUCACACUCAGCGGUAGCAACGCUCCAAUUUGCCAUGGUGCAGGCCGUAGAAACAUGACACUGAGCGAUCUUGUCCGUAAGAUCGAAUAUGUCGAUGCACACGGCAACCCUCAGGCGGUUGAUGACCCCAAGCAACUUCUUGCAGCGAGUGGCUGUUUUGGUCUCAUGGGCGUUGUUACUCACAUCACAAUGGAGUUUCCACCCAUGAGCUAUGCGAAACUUGCGCCCCUGAAGAUGCCUGUCAUCAAGGCAGUGCCUCCACCACCAGGCUUUGAUGAGGAGACCAUUCCACCAGCUCUUCUCAAGUACUGGACGCCUUUUUCUGCUGCUGAAAAGCACAAAUGUCAGGCAGAGUUCGAAAGACGCGCUACCAAUGACUAUUACGCUGAGUGGUUCUGGUUCCCGUACUCAGACUAUUCAUGGGUGAACACUUGGGACAACACCAUGGAUAGUACCGGGGCAGUUUCCUUCCCGGAUGAUGCUCAUAUCUGGCUUUCAUUCGUGGAAACCGUCACGAUGAACAUUUUAUAG